GCCCGAUCACCAAAUGAGCUCGGUUCAGCCAUGACUCUGCCACCUUGCUGCGGAAUGGCGAGGAGGCGAAGCUUACACUGGGUGCCAUGCGCAGUCUUACUUCUAUCAGCCGCGUGGAAGUGGGACUUCCUGCAGGCUUUCCAGAAUGUCAGACAUCGCGCACCUGGUGUCUCAAGGGCGGCCAGUGAGGAAACUCCAGAGGCACCAGAGGACACGGAGGACACGACCAAUGUCGAGCUCUUUCGGCAGUCCCUGAUUCAAGGAUGGGGCGCAGGUGAUGUUGCAAGCUCAGACUCGUCUGACUGGGCAGAAGUUCUAGAUCCAGCCGCAGUUCGGGCUGGCGACGUGCUGCUGGGCGAUCCACGCAGGUUUUUCGGUGAGGGGAGCUCACCCACAUUGAGGCGAAUUGGUUUACAGGAGAGAAUACCAGAAGAUUAUCCACGUCGUGAGCGUUUGCGCUACUUGCCCGUCAUCCUCCUGACAUCAGUGGAGGACUCGGGCAAAGCAGAAGGAGUAUGGCUUACUUUGCGAACCGGUCAGCUAUUGGGCGACUUCAUCAACUUCUUCCACAGCAGGCCUUUGCUGUAUGGUGGUCCGUCGCGAUCUGAAAGUGUGCUCAUGGUACACCCCUACGCUGAGGUGGAAGGUGCCAAGCCUUUACCCGAUGGCCUUUUUCUGGGCGGUUCCUUCGAGAGUGCCCAGGCAUGGGUCGAGGAAGGACAGGGCUCGUCCCUCCGCAUGCGCUUCUUCCUGAACCGCAUUGAGUGGCAGCAAGGUGAAUUGGCAGCAGAACUUGCGCCUAGCGAGAAAGCUUGGUUGCCAGUGAGAUGCUCUGUGGAUUUGGUGCUCUCUGAGACCGAUGCCAUCGAUGCCAAGCCCUUGUGGGUGAAGGUGGCAGAGUCCGCUGGUGGCCAACCUGAGCUUCUAGGACGAGCUUACGGUCUGUUGUGAGUGGCUGGUGAGAGCUUGGCAAGCUGCAGGCGCAGUUUGGUUGUACCAACAUGUGAAGACAAAUGCUGCUGCCGGUCAGCUUUACAUGUUUUUGUAGAGUACGGAUGAAAGAGAUUUGUGUCACACUUGUUCAUUCAGCUUUGGUCGUAGCAAAGUCAGCUCAAUUGAGCGAUGGUGCCAAUGCAGUGCAUCAUCAGAGGCGGCAAGAUUGU